CAAAUCACCCUGCACCUGGAACAGUUUACGGUUUUUGCGCAACAUUGAAAUUUAAUAGGGAAGUUUAGUGAACGCAUUUUGACCAAAAUAAAAUACUUCGGAAACUGUAUAUUUGAUUGACCAACAUUUCAACAUAAAAUGGCUGAUGAUACUAAUGAGGAUAGUUGGCUAUACGGCACAUCGAAUCCUGAUUCUACCACAAAUGAAGAGAAUGUUGACAAUACAGCCGGUUUAGGUAAUGAAAAGCCGCCUUUAUCACAGAAAUCGGAAAACGAAGCUACUGCUUUGGGAGGAGGGAGUGAUAAUAUCGUUUCCAAGGAUAAUGUUUCACCUAAUGAAGAUGAAACAUUUGGAGAAUUUGAAGAUCCAGCACAAGAGAUGGAAGAAGAUGAAGAGGCUGCAGCCGCUGCUGCCAGCACUGCAGCUGAUACAACUGACGGUGGCGAUGAUACCGGUGAUGACGCACGGCAGUCAAAAUCCCCUGAAGAUGGUGAGGGAAACACAUAUGAUGAAGAUGACUCUGAUGAUGACAUAAACGUUGUGAUUGGUGAUAUAAAAGCAGCCCCCAACACGUAUAAUAUUAAGCAACGUGCAAAUUUAUUGGUGGGACCGCCAGGUUCAGGCCAAGAGAAAGCAAAGUCUGGUGCUCCAGGUGGAAAAUUUAGUGUUGAAGAUUUUGAAGGAGUUGGCACAAUUAAUGGGGUACCAGCGCAUGAGUUCAGUAUAGAUUCGUUAGAAGAUAAGCCGUGGCGCAAACCUGGUGCAGAUAUUACGGAUUAUUUUAAUUACGGUUUUAAUGAAGAAACAUGGCGCUCUUAUUGUGAGAGACAAAAACGAUUUCGAAUUCAAGAGAGUGGUGUUGGUUUGGCGAGUUUAACGCAAAACAUGAAUCAAUCUGCAGAAAGGCAACAGGAAGGGCAACCGAAUGCUGGACCCAUUAGUAUCGUAGCACCUGGAUCCAUGCCGGAUCAGAUGCAAUUGCCACCACCUGGAAUUUUACCACCUCCUCAAGGCGUUCACCAUGUCCCAUCCCGAAUGGGCAUGGGCAUUCCCCGUGGUCCAAGACCCAUAAGUACUACAAACAGCAAAGAGAAUCCCAUCCAAGUUAUGACAGCCGAAUGUCGCGAAUAUUCACGACCAGGUUCAAUGCCACAAAUGCCACCGAAUUUCGGUGGCCCUCCGCCUAAUGAUGAGCCAUAUUUCCCAGAGCCGGAAACUUUUGACUAUGGCUAUGAACCUACGCAGGAGUCCCAAUGGAAUAACGAAAAUCCAGUUUGGGUGCCAUCAGGUAUAAAAGAAUUAACUCCAGGUCCAGUGAUGGUUCCACCACCAUCAGCGGGUAUGUCUGGUCCACCGGGAGUACCGCCGAUGGGAGUUCCUCCACCACAAAUUGGUGGUCCUCCUCCGCAAAUGCGUCAACAUCCACCUCUUUUGCCAGCAAUGCAUCCUCCUAAUAUGGGUAUGGGACCGCCACCGCCAGGAAUGGGCAUGAUGAUGGGUCCCGGAGGAGCACCACCAAUGAGAAUGCCAAUGGGACCGCCUCGCAUGAUGGGCCCUCAUGGAGGUGGACCACCAAAUCAAGGGCAUAUGGAACGGGAGCGCCAUGAACGUGAACGCGAGAGGGAGCGGGAGUUUGAGCGAAAUGAACGCAGAGAUCGAGAGAGGGAACGUGACCGUGACCGAGAUCGAGAGGGUGAAAGAGAGAGGGAACGUGAACGAGAAAGGGAAAGAGAGAGGGAUCGGGAAAGACCACGCCGAGAACGAUCACGCAGUCGGGAAAAGGUAAGGCGUCGAUCAAAAUCGCGUGAGAAAGAACGUGAUCGAGAACGCGAUAGAGAGCGCGAUCGUGAACGGGAUUCUGAAAGGGAUAGAGAGCGCGACAGAAGUGAAAAACUUGACGAAACGGAGCGAGUUGGAGAUGAAGAUCGGGAACGGAGACGCCGUGAUCGUGAUCGCGAGCGCGAAAGAUCACGGCGAGAGCGUUCGCGUAGUCGUGAAAAGACGCGUCGGCGUUCCAAGUCUCGUGAAAAGGAGCGUGAGCGUAGCAGCAAGACAGCGAGUACUUCCUCCACAAAUCGUAGUGAAAAGAAAAAAUCUCAUCGCAAAGAUAAAGAAGAGGAAGAGUAAAUCACUUUAACUAGGGAUCGUUUGAAAUAUAUUUAAUAAGAAAACUGAAUGGAAAAAUAAAAACUACAAGAACAUAUUUGAAAUAUAAUGACAAUUCUAAACAUUUGUUUUAAGACAUACACUUUUUCAUUAUAUUUAAGAUAUAGCAAAAGACCUGGACUUAGAAAUAAUUAAAAUAAAGGUUAAAUAUAAAAUACAAUUUUAAUACA